CGUGUUUCUCCCUCCGCGUGUUUUGCCACUUUCAUCCGCCCAUCUCCCUUUUCACGACCCCUCAUGGAGCAGAUCACCUCUUCCCUCGCCCCUCCUCGCGCGGCCCCCAAGUCGGGUGUCGCGGGCUCUGCCUCCACUGGCGCUGGCGGAGCGGCCAAACGCCUUGGUAACGAACUUAUGACGCUUAUGAUGUCUUCAUCUCCGGGAAUUUCCGCAUUCCCGAAGAACGACGGGAACAUGUUUGAGUGGGCUGGGACGAUCGAGGGUCCGGCUGCUACGGUGUACGCCGGUCUCAAGUUCCGCAUCUCAAUCAACUUCCCUCCCAACUACCCAUACGUCGCACCAAACAUCAAGUUUGACACGCCGUGCUACCACCCCAACUUCGAUAUCAACAGCGGUGCCAUCUGUCUCGAUAUCCUCCAGGAUAAGUGGUCCGCGGCGUAUAGCGUGCAGACAAUCCUGCUGUCGCUACAGUCUCUUUUCGGAGAGCCCAACAACGCAUCUCCUUUGAACCCCGAUGCCGCCCAGCUGUGGAACAAGCCAGAAGCUUUCAAGGCCCAGCUUAUGAAGUACUACCGACCCAUCAAGGACGACGCGGCCAACUAAUGCCUGUUUUGUGGCGGCUGUCAGUCCGACGCGGGCAGCUCGAGGCGUCCGUAGGUGGUGUUUGUAGAGCAUGUAUCGUAUCGUAUGCCAAUAUGGAGUCUUGGACACUUCA